UUUUAACCUCAUCUAUUUGUGUCGUCAAUGGAGGGGACGCAGUUAGCGAGUUGUGAUUAUGUGUAUAACACAGUGAAUGUUUUUAUUAUUUGGCUAAAGAAGCACAGAGAUUGGAAUUUAAAGGUGUACUGAAUAUAUACUUUUUCCGAAAAGUUACUGUUUUUCGUUUCUUGUUUUACCAUUCUGUGGUACUGAGAGGAGACUCCGAGGCCUACCUUUGUGUAUGUUUUGUAUAGAUUUUGUGUUAAAAAAUGGCGGAGCAGACGACUGUAGCUGUGCAGUUUAUCGACAGGAGUUGUUGGGUUUGUUUUGCAACUGAUGAAGAUGACCGUACAGCUGAAUGGGUUAGACCAUGUAAAUGCAGAGGAUCUACAAAAUGGGUACACCAAGCCUGUUUGCAAAGAUGGGUAGAUGAAAAACAGAGAGGCAACAGUACGGCUCGGGUGGCAUGCCCUCAGUGUAAUGCUGAAUACUUAAUAGUAUUCCCAAAACUAGGACCUCUAGUUUAUGUCUUGGAUCUUGCAGACCGUCUGAUUUCUAAAGCAUGUCCAUUUGCUGCUGCAGGCAUUAUGGUUGGUUCUAUCUACUGGACAGCUGUGACAUAUGGUGCUGUUACUGUGAUGCAGGUUGUGGGACACAAAGAAGGAUUAGAUGUCAUGGAGAGAGCUGACCCUCUUUUCCUUCUUAUUGGACUUCCAACAAUCCCUGUGAUGUUGAUUUUGGGAAAAAUGAUUCGCUGGGAAGACUAUGUUCUAAAACUGUGGCGCAAGUAUUCCAACAAGUUACAGAUUUUAAACAGUAUUUUUCCAGGAAUUGGAUGCCCUGUUCCUCGUAUUCCAGCUGAAGCUAGCCCCCUUGCUGAUCACGUUUCUGCUACUCGCAUUCUUUGUGGAGCUCUUGUGUUUCCCACAAUUGCCACCAUUGUAGGAAAACUUAUGUUCAGCAGUGUCAACUCAAAUCUACAAAGAACUAUUCUGGGUGGAAUUGCUUUUGUUGCCAUAAAAGGAGCUUUUAAGGUAUACUUCAAGCAACAACAAUAUUUACGUCAAGCCCAUCGUAAAAUUCUAAAUUAUACUGAACAAGAAGAGGCCUGAAAAUUUUUCACUUGAGGACCUUAACCGGGACAGCUGUAAAUUUAAACACGUCUUUUGAAUUGAAAUAUGCUGUAAUGUUACAUCAGUAAGGUUUUGUGUGUUUGAUUUAUUAUAUGCUGCUGAGUCUUGUAUAAUAUGGCACUUUUGAGACAGCAACAUUCAUAAAGCAUUGCAGACAAAUCUUAUAAAACCCAAAAAUGUGAGUUUUUUUUUUUUUGUAAUUUAUUGCUGUCAAUAAUCAUGUCAUACUUUGUAGCAUCCAAGUGAUCUGCCAUUAAUAUGAGUUUCUUCUAGACGUGGAGAGCAGCUGAGUUUUAAAAUUACUUCAAUGAGCUAAUAUAUGUUUUUUUUUUCCAGCUAAAGGACAAAUACUUCGAAAUCCUAUUUUGAUAGUGAGGCUGCAUUUGAUUUUAUGUAUUUUUUUUUCUUUCAGGUACGAGGUAGGAGACAGAUGUCUGUUGUCAAAUUUAUUUCUAUUUAAAAGGUACAAAUUGUGUAAAAAGUUGUAUGUAGAUCAGAAAAGGCAAAGGCGCCUUGUUCUACCUAAACGGUCACCUUUGUCUUUUCUCUUUAAUAAUAAAGUAUUGAACGUGAUGUUUUUGUUCAUUACAAGACUAUACUGUUAUCCUAUCUCUCCCUUAUAUUCUACUUGGUUUCCUCAGUGAUCUUUUUUUGUUAUUCUGCUUUUGUGAGGGUAAGGUAUAUUUUUAUGUUGCAUUUGUUUGGAAUUUUGAGAAUCUGUAUAAAGGCUGAAAGUUGAAUCUUAAGGUUAAUAUGCACACUAGUUUAAAGUGAAAAGUUUGUGGCCUAAUUUGGUACAAGGAAAAAAGUAAUUUAAUGACAAAUGAAUGUCUAAAGCAUCUUUAAGAUCCAGCUGUGUGUGUGUUUUAUUAUUUUUAAUUCAGUGCAUAUGAGAAACGACCAGUAACUUUAAACUUUGAACGUGUACAUUUGAUUACAAGUUUUCUAUUCAAAAUUAUAUAAUUAAUGAACUGCAAACUGUGACAUGUAAAAAUGCCAAGGCGUAUUACUUAAGCAGGUAUUGAGAAAUGGUGUAGAAUUCAUGGCUAUGAAUACAAAUGAAACAUUAAUUACUGAGAAGCAAAGAGGAAAGGCAUCAUUUUUGGAGUUUACAAAAUAAUUGUUUUUAUUAUGGGCUUUUAUGUAUAAAAGCAGAAGAUCUGUAUCAAAACCUUUAUGAUAGGGUUGUGGCAGGUCUUUUUAUCUUCUUAAAAUCCUAAUGUGUAUAGGAUUCUAUAAAAUUGAAAGGCUUUGAUUUCUUCAUUAAUGCAUUAUUAAGCAGGUUCUGUUUUAUGUGGGUCUCAGUGAUUAAUUUCUCAAUUGACUGUGCAAUGAACAUUUUUGCUGCUAUAUAACAGCUUUGAGCUUUUUAGAUAUCUAGUUAAAACUGAUUUAUUUUUGACACUUAAAUUCUAUAUACUGUAUGCUACAGAAAGGUCUAGACUUCACUACAAUAAAGAAUGAAAUUUAUGCACAGAUCAGUAAAUGACUUUGAACAACACAUAUCCCAAACCCACAAUGUUGUUUGUUUUUGCAUCCCCAGCAAAAUAUUGCAAUAUUUAUUGCCAGUGUUUAUAUAAUAUAUGAUCUAUUGAAGGAAGAUUACAGAAUGCCAAAAUGUAUCAUUUUCUAAGAUUUGGAUUAAGGUGUGACAUUUUUCUUUUUGUUUUGAAUAAUUUUUGGUUUUAUGUUAACAUCAGGCGAUGUUUAAACUGAUACUGAUGUUAUUGAUUUGCCUGUUCUGAAAUAUAUUUUUCUAUGCA